GACGCGCUGGAUGGCAGAAGAGCUGUGCAGUUGUGGAAGGUAACUGGCUGGCUUGUAAAACUUACAGCAGCAUAUCCAUGGGAAACAAACGGACAUUGACACCUAACACCAAGCUUCGUUUUGUCUCGCUGUGAUUUUUCAAUAUUUGGGGUUCCAGAAGUGUCCAUGUGGUUAAACCCACAGCCCUCUCCACUGCACAUGAACCGCUGAUCUUCAUGGUGGAUGAGCAGAAUGUUUAUCCCUUUGCGAGCGUCAGAAAAUGAAUGCCAUUUCGUGUGACUCUGCAACGACCAUGUAUCACCUGACCACAGACCCCUAUCUGAACGUGAGCUGCAACUCCUCCUCACCCCCAUCCAACUGGACAGCGGUGGGUGGUGCCCUGCAGCUGCCCACAUUCACCACAGCAGCCAAAGUCAGAGUGGUCAUCACCUGCAUUCUCUGUGGCAUCUCGGCCUUUUGCAACCUGGCUGUGCUGUGGGCGGCUCACAGCGAUGGGAAGCGUAAAUCCCACGUCAGGGUGCUGAUAAUCAACCUGACGGUGGCUGAUCUGCUGGUGACCUUCAUCGUGAUGCCUGUGGAUGCAGUGUGGAACAUCACAGUCCAGUGGCUUGCUGGGGACUUUGCCUGCAGGCUGCUGAUGUUUCUUAAGCUGCAGGCGAUGUACUCCUGCGCCUUUGUCACCGUGGUGAUCAGUCUUGAUAGGCAGUCUGCCAUCCUCAACCCUCUGGCUAUCAACAAGGCCAGAAAGAGGAACAGAGUUAUGCUGACUGUGGCGUGGGGCAUGAGUAUACUGUUGUCAGUUCCUCAGAUAAUUCUUUUUCACAGUGUGACCAUCAUCCAUCCUGAGAACUUCACUCAGUGUACCACACGUGGAAGUUUUGCCACUCAUUGGCAUGAAACAGCCUACAACAUGUUCACCUUUUCCUGCCUGUUUCUGCUGCCACUGGUCAUCAUGAUAACCUGCUACACCAGGAUCUUCUGUGAGAUCUCCAAACGACUAAAAAAGGACAACUUGCCUUCAAAUGAAGUGCAUUUGCGGCGUUCGAAGAAUAACAUCCCCAGAGCCCGGAUGAGAACUCUAAAAAUGAGUAUUGUGAUUGUCUUGUCUUUCAUUAUUUGCUGGACACCAUACUACCUGCUGGGCUUGUGGUACUGGUUCUUCCCUGACGACUUGGAGGGUAAGGUCUCUCACUCACUGACCCACAUUCUGUUCAUCUUUGGCCUCGUCAACGCCUGCCUGGACCCUGUCAUAUAUGGCCUGUUCACCAUUCACUUCAGAAAGGGGCUCCGGAGGUAUUAUUGCAAUGCCACCACAGUGUCCGAUGUGGAUAAUAACACUGUUAUAACUGGAUCUUUCACUUGUGCUGCCAACUCUUUGCCUUUAAACAAACAGGUGAGCCCAAAAGGCCAGGAGAGGUUCAUAUUGUUCAGCGAUAACCACGGCAAAGCAGAGUCAACGUCACCAAGAAUCAGCUUUUUAGCAGCAGAAAAUGAUACAGAGAUAGAUCCUUACCAGGCCAGUCCUGAGUAAGAAAUCCGCAAUGUGUGUUUUCAUUGUCCAAUAUUGCGAUGACUUGUGAUAAAGAAAUAUUUAAGCUCCUCUUGUCUACUUCCUCAGCCACUGUGCCAGCUAGUGGCCACUAAAUAGACACCAAUUAAUCUGAGGGUAUCUGAUGGCUAGCUGUUGUUUCAUCUGAAUGGCCAAAUGGUGUGAAUGCAUGUCUCAUGUAGCCAGUUCUCCAUCUGAGAGGUCAUGGGUUGCAUGGAGGGCACAUGUAAAUAAAAGGAUCUUUCUUAUUUAUCAUAUUUCACAGUCUUUUUAGUGAUGUGUUUAUAACACAGGUUUAUAUCGUGCUGAAAAUACAAUUUAUUGGGCAGCACUAGCCCUGAAAGCAUCAUGUGAGGAGAGCACAAUGUGGAGACUUGCUGUUUUUGUUUUGUGUUUUACCAUUAUUGUAUAACUGUUUUAUUUAUUCAGUGUCUGGUGUGUGAGGUCCUGCGUGUCAUUUUGACUUCCUUCACAAAUUGUAACAUGCUUCGGUAUAAAAUACAAACAUGGUUGGAAAAUGAAGAGCUUUGUAUUUCCGCAGCGAGGGAAAGCAUCAUAAAAUCCAGUGGUCACACUACACAUAAAGAGCUCCUGUAAUAAAGGAAUGUGUAGUGCUCUGUAAAUUGUAACUUGUGCUCUAUUUGAAUUAAACACAUUUCUUGUAAUUUGGA